UGUCCAUGAGUUAUAUAAGUGCUCUGCACCUCAGGAACUCAUUACAGUAACGCCCAAAGCAGAGAAGAUAGAAAUAUUAGGGACAGUUAGAAAAAAGGCAGAGAGAGAACACUGAAAAGAAUAAGAAGAUAUUCCAGAGGACGUUUUUGUGGUGAUGGAAAAGGAACAGCUGAGCUAUGAAGAAGCCAUUAGGAGGGCAGGUGAUGCUAUUCAGCGUUUUCCUCUAAUAGAUGUCCACGGUGUGCCUCUCAUGAGCACCAUUGCUGAAAACUGGAAAUCAGUUUCAGAAUUCUGUCCUGACCCAUCAGACCUACUCAUCUCUACUUACCCCAAAGCAGGCACAACCUGGACUCAAGAGAUAGUAGAUCUUCUGCUGCACAAUGGAGAUGCUGAGGUGUGCAAGAGAGCGCCAACAGCUGUCCGUAUUCCAUUUCUGGAGAUUUGCGCUCCUUCACCCAUACCAUCAGGGCUUGACUUACUUGAACAGAUGAAACCACCGAGAGUCAUCAAAACUCAUCUGCCCAUUCAGCUAGUGCCUAAAGGAUUCUGGGAAAAUAAAUGCAAGGUCAUUUAUACGGCCCGGAAUGCUAAGGAUAACCUUGUAAGCUACUUCCACUUUGAUCGCAUGAACCUUACCCAGCCAGAGCCAGGACCUUGGGAUGGAUACAUUCACAAGUUCAUGCAGGGACAAUUAGGUUGGGGCUCUUGGUAUGACCAUGUAAAAGGUUACUGGAAGGAACGGAAGGAAAGGAAUAUUCUCUACAUGCUCUAUGAGGACAUGAAGGAGAAUCCUUUUAGGGAGAUUAAGAGGAUCAUGCACUAUCUGGACCUGUCUGUUUCUGAAGAUGUCAUAAAGAGGAUUGUGCAGCUGGCAUCCUUCCAAGUCAUGAAAGACAAUCCAAUGGCUAACUACUCCUACAUCCCAAAACCUUUGUUUGAUCAGUCCAUUUCUGCCUUCAUGAGAAAAGGAGAGGUUGGUGACUGGGUUAACCAUUUCACCUCAGCUCAAUCCCAGAUGUUUGAUGAAGACUACGCAAACCAAAUGAAAGAUGUGGACAUUCCGUUCCGCUUUAGCAUUUGAUCCUUAAAUAAUUUGUGCAACAUUAAAUAUAUGCAAUAUAUUAUAGAAGUUUUGCCUGAUGUCAUUAGGUAUAACAUUCUACUCGCCUAAUCUCACUGAUUGCAUAAAAUGUUUUUUUUUUGUACUUAGAACAAUUUUAAAUGUCUUUUUUUUUUUUUAAGCAAUAUGCUUAUUAAUUAUAGCUUAAUUAUUUACAGUUAAUGGCAUUUAACAGGAUGGAACCUAAAAUCAUGGAAAUAAAGAGUUGAAGUUGGCAUUGAUCAGUGAAGGACUGAGAAUUAGAGUACAUGAUGGUGUUCAAUUCAAGAUAAUUUAGUUUUUUUGUUGUUGUUUUAACUAUUCUGAAAUGGUAUUAUCAAGCAGUUGAUAUUACACAGUUGAUGUUACACAAACCAGUAAUAAACUAAAACCAUAAAAGAAAAAAUAAUUCAUCAAAUCCACUGGUAAAUGUUUGUGUUUUCCCUUCAAAAAUGACAUUGUUCCGGGAGGAUUUAAUUAAUGACCUGGCUUUUGUUAUAGUUAAAGCGAUAUUACAAAAGUCUAGGACUGAAUGUGUUAUGAUGAAGUAAAACAAUAUUUUCUGUAAAACUAAAAUGAUUCCCAUCCAUCCAUUUUCCAAACCACUUGUCCUAUGUAUGAUGAAGCGGAUGCCGGAGCCUAUACCAGCAUCUCAGGUAUAGGGAGGGAAACACCCUGGAUGGAUGGCCAGGCACACACAUUCUCACUCAGAAAUUAUGAGACAUUAACAUGUUUCAUGUUGAAAAAACUUUAAAAGUACCAAAGUACAUAAACUGGUUCUAUAAGAAAAAUAAUUUUCUAGUGGUGAUUUUAAUGGCUCCUCUGCCUCCUUUUUUUUUCUUCUUUUUUUUCCAUUUUAACAUUUUAGAUCAAAUAAGGAUACAUGAUUACACAUGUUCUAGUAUCUAUAUUUCAACAUUAACUAAACGUGAAUGUAGGAGCCAAUCAAGAACUAAUGAAGGGCUAACCUUAGACAUUAACUUAUAGACAUAUACUUUCUAUAAAGCUGCUUUGAAAUUAUGUGUAUUGUGAAAAGCGCUAUACCAAUAAAUUUGACUUAACUUGAUUCAUAUUCAUGUGUCAGUAAUGCCCACCUUAGCUACAUGUUAGUUCAAGUAUGAUAGUUAAUAUAUGACAUAACACUUACAGGCAAACUUAAUGAA